GCCUAAAAGAAAUCCGCAACGCAGGGUGAAAUUUUUGUUGUUGGAAACUUGGAAGGUGUACGUCACCGAACCAAGAAGAAAGCAAUGAAUUCAGUCUGUGGUCAAAACACUACAUAAGGCGAGCGAGCCGCGCUUGCCCAAGUGGGAGUGGAGGUGCUGAACCCAAUCGGCAACCCAGAUGAUGAACAUGAAUUGUCGUCUGAAUGGCCCUGCUCGUCUGAUGCUAGUCUCAGAUCUUGACUACACCUUGGUUGAUCAUGAUGCGCCUGAUAAUCUCUCUCUUCUCAAGUUCAAUGCGCUGUGGGAAUCAUAUUACCGCCAUGAUUCUCUGCUGGUAUUUUCCACUGGAAGAUCACCCAUCACGUACAAACCUCUGAGGAAUCAGAAACCCUUGCUAACCCCCGACAUCACCAUCAUGUCCGUCGGCACUGAGAUUAUGUAUGGCGGUGGUACCGAUAUGAUUCCUGAUCUUGGUUGGCAACAGUUUCUCAGUCACAGAUGGGAUAGAGCCAUAGUUGUUGAAGAAACUAAUCAGUUUCCUCAACUUACUCCUCAGGCAGAGGGAGAGCAACGACCUCACAAGGUUAGCUUUUAUGUUGACAAGGUUAUGGCAUUCGAAAUAAUGAAAGUUUUAUCACAACGGUUGGAGAAACGCGGGUUAAGAUUUCCUCGAUUGUUUUCGUUCUAUGAACCAUUUUGCUACACUCCAGAGCAUUCACAACUUCAAUUGAAAACAAAACUGUUAGACGUAAAGAUCAUUUAUAGCAGUGGGAUUGCUUUGGACGUUCUACCAAAAGGUGCUGGUAAAGGAAAAGCUCUUGCAUAUCUGUUAAAGAAAUUUAAGUUUGAGGAGAAACUUCCACACAACACUCUUGUUUGUGGCGACUCUGGAAACGAUGCUGAACUCUUCAGUCUCCCUCAAGUGUAUGGGGUGAUGGUGAGUAAUGCACAAGAAGAAUUGUUGCAGUGGUAUGAAGAAAAUGCAAGCGACAAUCCUAAUAUGCUUCAUGCAACUGAGAGAUGUGCAGCUGGUAUAAUACAAGCGCUUGGACAUUUUCAUCUAGGUCCAAAUGUAUCGCCAAGAGAUUUCAAAGACUUCCGAAAGUGCAAAGUGGAAAUGUCCAGUCCUGCUCAUGAGGUAGUCAAAUUCUUUUUGUUCUAUGAGAGAUGGCGCCGUGCUGAAGUAGAGAAAUCUGAGGAGUAUAUCCAAAACUUAAAACCAGUCUUUCAUUCAUCAGGUAUCUUUGUCCAUCCCUCCGGGGUUGAGCUACCUAUCCACCAGUGCAUAGAUUCGUUGGCAGGGUUGCAUGGAGAUAAGCAGGGAAAACAAUUUUGGACAUGGGUGGAUCGGUUAUCGUUGGUUCAAAUUGGCUCAAAUGCAUGGCUCGUGAAGUUUAAUAAGUGGGAAUUGUGUGAGAACGAGCGGCAAUGCUGUCUGACUACAGUCCUGAUGAGUUCGAAGGCUGAGGUGCCAGAUGCUUUCACUUGGCUGCACAUGCAUCAGACAUGGCUGGACGGUUUGGAAAUUAAAGAACAAGAAAGAUGGUUAUUUUAGCUUCCUAACCAGAAUCCGGUGGUUAAUUCCUAGUUUACUGGUCACUAUAAGGCAUCCUUGUACAUAGAAGUUACCAGGACCAGGUCAAGGUACAUGGUGACUAAAGUUUGAUUGAUAUGUUGGCCAAUUGCAGAAUAAUAAUGGUACUAUGUAUACAAUCUGAUAAGCUAGUUUACACAAUGUGCUGCAAUAAGUACUACAUUCGGUUGCAGUAAAUUAAUUCUCAAGUUAUUCCAUUUCGUUUUCAGUCU